CUCACAGUAGAACUAUAUUUCCCAUCACGCCCAGCGCCCCGCCCAGCCCGGCGGCCCUGGGGUCUCUGACUGCGGCCGCGUGAGCCCGGAGCCGCCGCCGCCGCCGCGAUGCCGAAAGCCAAAGGGAAAAACCGGCGCCGAAAGUUCGGCUACAACGUCAACCGCAAGCGGCUGAACCGGCAGAGCCGCAAGCGGGCGGCGCCCCGUAUCGAAUGCUCCCACAUCAGACAUGCGUGGGACGGAACAAAAUCCGUGUCUCAGAACCUGGCUGAAAUGGGGCUGGCUGCAGACCCCAACAAGGCGAUUCCCAUCCGGAAAAGGCAGCUACCGGUGAUGGAAAUGGAGGUUGAUGGCCAAGACAAAGGGAAGAGAGUUGUGAAGAAGCCUUAUGUCCUGGACGAGCUGGAGUAUGAGGCCAGCCUCCCGGAGAAGAAGUCGGAGACGCUGUCCAGAGACCUUAUCGACUAUGUGCAGUACAUGGUACGGAACCAUGGUGAGAACUACAAGGCCAUGGCUCGUGAUGAGAAGAACUACUACCAGGACACGCCCAAGCAGAUCAAGAGGAAGAUCAGUGUGUAUAAGCGCUUCUACCCGGAGGAGUUCCAGGCUUUCAUUGCAUCCCUGCAGCAGGUCAAGAUGGACCAGCAGUGACUGCUCCCACCCUGCCCUGUUGGACCCACCUGCAGCUGCGGGUCCCGUGCUGCCCCUCCCCAGGCAACCAAGGGAAGAUUGACUCUGCCUGUUGGUGCCAUUUCACCAUUCGCAGGCUGGGGCUUGCUGAACUAGAUGUAGCUUCUGGUGGGCAGGGACGGAGGUGGGUAUGAGCGUGCGCUAGAAUGGGCUCCUCCGUGUGGCUGCAGGGGAGACAGCUGCUGCCUCACCAUAGUGGGGGCGAAGGGAAGAGACAGUCUCGUGUCCUGCAGCUCCUAGUUACAAUAAAUCAGACUCUUCCAAAGCAGCCUGAAUACACCCGAGUGCAGCUGGCUCAAGGGCUCCACUCCUGCCUGCACUGUGCUGACCCAAGGGAAGUCUUCAUUCUAAGGCCUGCUCUGGCUCUUCACGGGCGGUGCAAGCCCCCUGCCCAGUGCAGCCAUGGGGCUGGAUUGUUCACAGGCCCCAGGGCUUUGCUGCUGGCUGCUUGGGAACAGCAGCCCUGGGAGUGAGAGGAGAGGCUGGCAGGGUGCUGCCUUGCCCUAGCGCUACACGUUCACAGGCCGGGACUCACGCUUGCCCUUAUCUCUACCAGAGUGAUACUCAGGCCUCCGUGGGUCAGAAGCCAGACUAGCGAUCAGUGGUACCCCAAAAGCCACAGUCGUGUGAAUUCAUCGUUCCAUUUACUGUCGUACUAGUCACGUGUAAACAGUAUGACAGGGAAAUAUUUCGUUUUUAUAGCUUAUUCUCACAGCACAAUGACUGACCAAGUAUUUUAUCAACUGCAAUUGGUUAAUCUAGUAAAAUCUUCCUGAUUGGUUAAUCAUGAAAUCACAGUGUUUUAAUAUGAGGUGCUGCAAAGAGCCCCUGGCGGCUCCUGUGCCUCUGGCUGACGCUCACUGGCCCUCGAACUCCUGCCCCUCCCAGGGGCUCUCUAGCAGUACAGCAAGGAGGGUAUCAUCCCCUUGGUAACCGAGAGCAGCUCGCAGCCCCUGAAGGCUCUGCUUACUCAGCACUGCCCAAGAGUGCCAUGCCUGUGCCCUUGUGCAAUGCCAGCCCUGGGCCUGGCAGCAGCCAAUGCCCUGACUGCAUUAGAGUAGCGCUGCACAAGUGCUGGGGGGCCCUGGGGCUCCUCUGCCCCUGCCCUGCCUCAUCUCUUAGCACAAGGAGAGGGAAGGAAUGGGGGUAGCAGGAAGCAGAGCAACUGCUCAGCUUGGGGAAGCAUCUAACCAGCUCCAGAAAACGCUUCUUCCCCACUUCUACACCUAUCUCCUCCUGAGCGUGGGGCAGGCCGACCAACCUACCCGUGGCCUCUUCCACACACAGGCUGUGAUUACCAGCCAGGGAAACACCUGGCCCUUAGGCAGCUGGAGACAGGACUGGGCAGGCGUGCCCCUCCCUUGUCUCCCAGCAAGGCACCUCUCGCU